UAUAGACUGAUCUUUUACAAGUAUUACCCAAUCGCGACUAAUUGAUAUGGACUAAAUUGUAUGAAAUAACCCUCAUCAUAGUCGAAACUAAUGCAGCUGAUACACUCGAUGAAGCAAAACAUUUGGCAUGUAACCAAUUUGAUAAAGGCUAUGAACUGAUUUUGGUUAUGGUUUUUAUCAGAAGCAGCUAAUCGUGUAUAAAUUGACAGUAACUAGGAAACUUUUAUCAGUGUACUUGGUGCAUUUACAUCAAAAAUGAAAACAAUAACAUUUGUGGCUUCAGUUCUAAUUGGAUUAGCUGUAGCUGGUCAUCAUGGAGGAGGAGCAGGAGGACAUGACAAUGCUCAUUAUAAAUUCGAAUAUGGAGUCCAUGACCCCCACACCCACGAUCACAAAUCCCAUCACGAGCACAGAGACGGAAAACACGUUACCGGAGGGUACACUCUGAAGGAAGCCGACGGUACCCACAGGAUUGUAAAGUACAAAUCAGGACCCCACAAAGGAUUCGAGGCUGUAGUAGAAAGAAGAGGGCACGCUCAGCAUCCCGCCCAUUAUGGCAAACAUGGAAAACAUGGACAAGAACACGGUGGAAAGGGAGGCACCAGUUACAUUGGAGUAACCCACUGGAGCAAUCAAGGAAGUGAUGGACACGGACAUGCAGAUGGUGGACAUGGACAUGGAAAUGGCGGACACGGAGAUGGUGGUCAUGGUCAUGGUGGAGACGGACAUAGUGGUCAUGGGCAUGGACAUAGUGGUGAUAGCGGACAUGGGCAUGGUGGUCAUUAAAUAUUGAUAUCAAA